GAAGGGCUAGUGAUUUCAGCAUCUAGGAUGCUGAAAACAGUGUUAUGAACUUUUCCCUGAUACUUGUUUUAUUUAUCGACUGGGAUUUAUAAUGAUUUGUUUUAUAAAGUUUCUGUUGAUUAGAUUAGGAUAAAAAAAAUUGUGAUACUUCAGCAUUUACAGGACUUUAUGAUAUAAAUUAGCUAUGUCUGUUUUACUUGGAAUCACAGAUUACGUUGUAAUCGCCCUCAUGUUGGCGGUGUCAGCAUCCGUUGGUAUAUUUUUUCGUUUCACCGGUGGUCGACAGAAAACUACCCAAGAAUUUCUGAUGGCUGGUAAGAAUAUGCACAUAUUUCCGGUUGCUUUCAGUUUAAUGGCAACAUACAUGUCUGCGAUAUCAGUGCUGGGCGUGCCAUCAGAGACUUACUUGUACGGUACGCAAUUUUUCAUAUGGAUGCUUGGAAUGCCAUUGGGCGGAGUUAUUGCUUGUUAUGGAUUCCUGCCUGUAUUUUUUGACAUGGACGUUUCAACAGCAUACGAGUAUUUAGAGAAACGAUUUGGCAAAACAACCAGAACAAUUGCUUCCUUGUUGUUUACAAUUCAAAUGAUAUUGUACAUGGCCGUUGUAUUGUAUGCUCCAUCCUUAGCACUAAAUGCUGUAACUGGGCUUUCAACCUGGACCUCUGUAAUAUCUCUUGCUGUAGUUUGUACAUUUUAUUGCUCUUUAGGUGGUUUGAAAGCCGUUCUGUGGACAGAUGUCUUUCAAGCGAUACUUAUGUACAUAACUAUCAUGGCAGUCGUUGUGAGUGGGGUAAUAGCUGUCGGGGGGAUAAGUGAAGUGUAUAAUAUUGCAAAUGAAGGAGGAAGAAUAAUUUUCUUUAACACAACAGCGGACCUGACAGAAAGGUAUACAUUUUGGAAUUCUAUAUUGUCUGGCAUUCUCUUCAGUUUACAUACUUUUGGGACUAAUCAAGCACAGAUACAAAGGAUGCUCAGUGUUGGAGAUCUUAAAAGAGCACAAAAGGCACUGUUUUACAGUCUUCCUCUCAUUCUACUUUUCAAUGUUUUUACAUUUUUGGAUGGUGUUGUUAUCUAUUCCAUUUACCAUGACUGUGAUCCAAUGUUAAAUGAAAAUACCAAAUUGGAAUCGCCAGAUCAGCUGAUGCCAUAUGCAAUAAUCAAAAUGUUCUCACACAUACCUGGUCUUUCUGGUCUCUGCAUUGCUGGAGUAUUUAGUGCUUCUCUCAGUACAAUCUCAUCUGCAGUUAAUUCUCUGACAGCGGUCACAAUGGAGGAUUUCAUUCGCCCAUACUGCUUUUGCAAACGCUUAACUGAAUCUUGGGCUGCGUUUCUGGCUAAAGUCAUUGCUGUUGGCUAUGGAGGACUGUGUCUUUUACUGACUUUUAUAGUUGCAAACUUCAGAGGAGUGUUAGAAGCGUCCAAUAUUAUGUUCGGGAUGGUUGGUGGACCCGUCUUAGGUAUUUACAUGCUGGGUAUGUUCAGCAAGACAGCCAAUGAAAAAGGAACUCUAUUAGGAAUGCUUGUUGGAUUUACUGUGAAUGCGUGGCUUGGAUUUGGAUCAUACGCCAAUCAAGCAAAAGUACCAAAGCUGGUUCAAAGCACAGAAGGGUGUCCAUACAUGAAUACAACUUUGAUUCCAAAUAUAUCUUAUACCCAGAACAGUUUAUUGAAUUUAAAUAUCAGCAAUAAUGUAGAAGCUCUUAGUCUAUUGGAAGAAGAAGAAAGGUACAUCUUUCCAGCAUAUAAGAUGUCUUUUUUGUGGUUUUCUAUGAUUGGUGCAAUGGCAGUCGUUAUAGUUGGUUACAUUGCGAGCUUUGUGAUAAAUUUAUUUAUAGAACCAACAGAUGUUAGCCCUGAGUAUUUUAGCCCCUUUGUCCGAAAGCUGUAUUUUAAAACCAUGAAAGUGUCACCAAAGGAAGAUAACAAGCAUUUAGAAGUAGAAAUGAAGGAAAAGUAUUCAACAAAAAUUCAUACAAUUUAUAAUGGACAUUUACAACCAGUUGCUUCUUUAUCAUCCUGACCAUAAGCUUACACAAGAUACAUUACUUCAUAUUUAUGACCAAGAUUCGAUUCUCACUUCAUUAAUUCAUCAUCAAGUCCAAGAUCCAUAUGGGAUAUAUUCAUUUAUCAUCAUUUCUCUUAUGUGAAUUUUAUUGCUAAUACCGGACAUCUUGAUGCUAAUUUUUGCAAAAAUGUAUCACAAAUAAUAAAAAUUUUAUUCAAAUGACAAUAAUUUAAAUACCAAACAAUUAUCAAAUUAUUACUUUUG